AUCGUCAGUGCUGCUAGCAGAAUAUUUAGUACGGAUAUGAAAUCGUGUGUCUCUUUUUAAUUCUUCUUCAAAACUACAAUCUGACAAAGUUUCUGUCGCUAUUGGGGCUUGUCCGGACGGGACAGGGAAGUCAGGUUCGGCCCGGGGGAGCCGUGUAGAGGCUUGGUAAUAUGGGCCUGUUGGCUAGAGUACGGAAAGAAUGGUUUAUUAUCGGUAUAGUGGCAGCAAUCGUGUCUGCGAAACUACAGCCUGCAGUUGGACUGAAAGGAGGUCCACUGAGACCAGAGUUCACAAUCACCUAUGUUGCGGUGUCAGCCAUUUUCUUCAACAGCGGCCUGUCAUUAAAAACAGAGGAGUUGACUAGUGCCCUCCUCCAUGUGAAGCUGCAUCUGUUUGUCCAGUCCUUCACCCUGGUCUUCUUCCCUGUUGCCAUGUGGCUCUGUAUCAAACUACUGGCCCUUACCUCAAUCAACACUUGGCUACUCCGAGGGUUACAGACGGUGGGAUGUAUGCCCCCUCCAGUCUCCUCUGCUGUCAUACUCACCAAAGCUGUGGGGGGGAACGAGGCUGCCGCCAUCUUUAACUCCGCCUUCGGAAGCUUCCUGGGAAUACUAGUGACACCACUGCUACUGUUACUGUUUCUGGGCUCGUCAUCCUCUGUCCCUUUCUCCUCCAUCUUCUCUCAGCUUUUCAUGACUGUGGUCGUUCCUCUCAUCCUAGGACAGGUGUCCCGGCGGUUCCUGAGGGACUGGCUCGAGAGGAGGAAACCUCCGUUUGGAGUCAUCAGUUCUUUGGUUCUCCUGAUGAUCAUUUACACCACCUUCUGUGAGACCUUCUCUAACCCGGAUAUUGAACUGGACCACCUCAGCCUGCUGCUCAUCACCUUCAUCAUAUUCUGCAUCCAGCUGAGCUUCAUGCUGUUGACGUUUGUCUUCUCCACACAGAAACAGUCUGGUUUUACUCCAGCUGACACAGUAGCUAUCAUGUUCUGUGCUACACACAAAUCUCUCACCCUGGGUAUACCCAUGUUAAAGAUCGUUUUUGAGGGGUAUGAGCAUCUCUCUCUGAUCUCCGUCCCUCUCCUCAUCUAUCACCCUGCUCAGAUCCUACUGGGUUCAAUACUGGUACCCACCAUCAAGAGCUGGAUGAACAGCAGACAAAAGCCUAGUAUUUUAUUGCAUUGAUACCUACCUGUCUGGUCUGUGGAGUGAAGUUGACCGACCUACAGCCCAUCUGAAGUGGACUCUCCCCAGUGUGUACACUCAUUCACUCCCCCUCAUGGGGAGUGUCCUUUAAACUGUGACAGAAGGGACUACUUCCUUCCUCUUUACGUAUCUCUCUGAUGGAAGGAUACAUACAGAAACACAAGUGCCUCGUCACAACCACGUGACUCGCGAACACGUAGUCCUGGGCUUAACGGUUGUGACGGUUACUAUGACAAAACCUGUAUGAUUUAUUCGAUGGUUUACUUUUAUACGAACAUAGAAGUCUCUAUUUUUGUAUCCCCCAUGAAGACGGUGUCAACUUCCUGUGAGACAAGAAGUACUACUGAUCGUCAUCAGGAAGUGAAUUCUGAGACGACACCGCCUGCCAUGGACCGGCUGGGACUUUGUCCUCUUUCUAACUAUUUUUCUGGGGAUGUUACAUUCAAAGACUCUUUUCUGACAAUCAGUUUUUUAUGGUUUUGAACAAUGACUAGUUUACUGAUAGUUUCUAAUGCUUGUUUAGACUUUUGCGGGGGGGGGAUUAUAUAUAUAUAUAUAUAUAUAUAUAUAUAUAUAUAUUUUUAAACGUUAUUACCAUAGUUGAAGGACAGACAUCUGGUGAUGGCUCCCUGUCUGUAUUCUGGGGGAGGAUAAUGUGAAGUGUCUGAAUUGCCAUCCUAUUUACUGUAAAGUGCACUACAUUUGACCAAGGCCCGGCCAUCGGUAGCACACUACAUAGAGAAUAGGGUGCACUACAUUUGACCAAGGCCCGGCCAUCGGUAGCACACUACAUAGAGAAUAGGGUGCCAUUUCAGACACUGGUAAAACUCCGAGGGGGUGGGGGGGAGGAGAAUCUACACGUCUCUGAUCAUGAACCAAUAGUACAAUAGCGUUCAGCAGAUGGAGAUAUGACUACAGAUUCCUUAUUCUACAGGUCAGAGAGUCGUUCCUGUUCUACUUUCUAUAUUUCUUUCUGAACAGUGAACAUGUUAAACUAUGUCAGAAGUGUGUCCCCAAUAGCACCCUAAUCCCUAUAUAUAUAUAUAUAUAUAUAUAUAUAUAUAUAUAUUAUAUGCACUACUGUUGACCAGGGUGUCCAUAGAGCUCUGGUCAGAAUAAGUGCAUGCCGUAGGGACUAGAGGGCCAUUUGGGACGUAGCCCCUAGGUUUAUUAUUUUGUUUUCAGAUCUUUCUAAUGCUGUUACCAAACAAACACUGUGUGACAACAAGGACCAAUGGCAAUGUGUUCCACAUGAAACUCUACCCCUUAUUGGCCAGUCAGGAUGCAGACUCUCAGUACUGAAAAGAUUAACCUUUCGGUUUGGGCAGAAGGACAUGUUAGAAGGACAGGUUUCUUCUCUAGUAUGAAUAAAAACUGUGAUUUAAA